UGGGAGGAUGAGGGGACGGUGUGCUACCAAGUUGAGUCCCGCGGCAUCUCUGUGAGUCGUCGUGAGGACACGAACUUCAUCAACGGCACCAAGCUUCUGAACGUUGCCGGGAUGACACGAGGCCGUCGUGAUGGCAUUCUCAAGUCCGAGAAGGUUCGAUACGUUGUGAAGAUUGGUGCGAUGAACCUU